CCGGUCAAUGUCAAUUCAGUCAUAUUUUCAUCCCUCAAAGGGAAACCCAAACUUCUUUCGCCAGCAAUACCCUGAACUAUGCACUGAAGGGACGCAUUAUUCGAGUUAAUGCGAUCCAAGAUAUGGAAAACUCCCCACAUAAACGGAACAUCUUUCUACAGUUCUUGAUUUUCUACCUUCUCAUCAAUUCAAUACCAUUUACUCUUCAAAUAUUGAACAAUCAAAACAAUGGACAAGAACAACACCAACCCCCAUUACCUUUCGAAGACCGAGGAAACUGAACGUACGACUCGCAACGGAUCGGCUAGAGGCAAUACUUACUCUCUGGAUCGUUACAUCCUUGAUAAUAAUAAGUACGAGAAAAUUGCCAUCAGCGAGCCAUCAAACAAACGAGAAGCCGAAGAACAGCUGCGGCGUUUCAACCAGAAGUGGGAGUCGGCGAGCAAACGGAGCAAUUGAAUUGCCUAUAUGCUCUGGGGUGACAUGGAUGGAAGUUAGUAACUAGAAGGGGUGGCUAUGUAGCUCUGGGAGAUUCUUGAAGAAAAUGGGGUUCUGACUGUCGUUCAUGCUCUAAUGAAAGAUAUCGGGGGAAGUGUGCAGGUCUCCUUGAAAGUUAAUACAUCCACUCUCUUCGCCACUGCCCGCAGAUCUAAAGACAAUGUGUACAUUGCCUCCUAAAACUUCUCUAAAGAAAAUAUAAAGGCAAUGAAGAUAUAGAAUAGAAAAAAG